CCCUCUGACGUCAAGGCCGCUGUAGAGCCUCCUCUCGUUUAAACUUGUUCUCAAACUCUGUCAGAAGGCUUGUACAGAAGGAUAUGAGAGCUACGAUGACUGCUGGAUUCAAUCAUGGGCGAUAAUCAGUUACAGACCAGUUUCUCUGUCACUCUGGUCUUUCUGAAUGAGAACGACUUGAAGAAAGAUCCGCCGAUCUCCAGUCCACAUCAGGAGCUCAGACUGGAGAUCCACAGAGAGGCUGACGACAUCUGUCUGACCGUUAAUAACGAUGCGGGCGUUUGUGUUUUUAAGUUCUCCAUCACGAGGGACACAGAGUGUUGUCGGGUGGCCAGCCGCUCGUUUCUCAUCACUCUGGGCUGUUUCAGUAUCAUCAUGCGCUUCAGCACCCCGUCAGAGUUUGAGAUCUUCCACAGGAUGUUGUGCUCAUGGCACGAGCUCAGGAGACAUCAGUCUGUGUUUCAGCAGAGGACAGACGAGUCUUCUGCACUGCAGUACUUCCAGCAGAACAUGCUCCAGGACUAUCUCAGGACUGCAACCUACCAAAAAGCCAUUUUGCUCAACGAUGUUGACUUCAGAGAUAAAGUGGUUCUUGAUGUGGGCUGUGGCACAGGGAUAUUGUCCUUCUUCGCCGUCCAGGCCGGGGCUAAGAAAGUGUACGCGGUGGAGGGCAGUUCUGUGGCCAAAUAUGCAGAAAUUCUAGUGAAAAGCAAUAACUUGUCCAACAAAAUCACAGUUUUGUCAGGAAAGAUUGAGGAAGUUUGCUGCCCCGAGAAGGUGGAUGUGAUCAUCUCAGAGCCCAUGGGCUACAUGCUCCUCAACGAGAGGAUGUUAGAGAGCUAUCUGCACGCCAAAAAAUGGUUAAAACCCAAAGGCAUGAUGUUCCCGACUCAGAGUGACAUUCAUCUGGCUCCUUUCACUGAUGAACAACUCUACAUGGAGCAUCAUGCUCGCUCCCACUUCUGGAAUCAGAGAUGUUUCUAUGGUGUGAACUUGAGUGGGCUUCAUUCUUCUGCUGUGGAUGAGUUCUUCAGACAGCCAAUAGUUGACACAUUCGAUAUGCAGGUUCUCAUGGCCAGGUCUGUGAAGUACACAAUCAACUUUCUGGAGGCAAAAGAAGAAGAUUUACACCGGUUAGAAAUUCCUUUUGUCUUCAAACUGCUGCAGUCAGGGCUGAUUCAUGGACUUGCUUUUUGGUUUGAUGUGGCCUUUGUUGGCUCAAGGACGACAGUAUGGCUGUCCACUUCUCCAAACGAGCCUUUGACGCACUGGUAUCAGGUACGCUGUCUUCUGCAGACCCCUCUGUUUGCCAAAAUGGGACAGACGUUAUCUGGACGGGUUCAUCUAAUAGCCAACAAGAGACAAAGCUAUGACAUUCACAUCACUGCUGUGGUUGAUCAGUCUGGAUUUAAAUCUGGGAACUCGCUGGAUUUGAAAAAUCCUUUUUUUCGGUACGCCUAAAUCAUCGUUCUCCUCAUUUAUCCGAUCAGCCUAAACGAAGACUGCAGGUCUAUCACUCAGCAUUCAGAUACAAUCUAUGAAGGUUCUGUGCGCAUGUGAUAUAGCGAUUUAUGAUAUUUGUUAAUAAAAACAAGGUGACUGAA